GCGACCAAGCCAGCCAGCCGGGAUCAAAGAUGGGCACUAUCGAUCAAGCCAAUCAACCGGGUGCCAAGAUGGGCACCAGCGACCAAACCAAUAAUCAACCAGGCUCAGUUGCUACGACGGAGAGAUUAGAUCGCCUUUUAAGCCAAGCAGCAAACAGAUGUUGUGCCGACUGUGGUGCUCCAGAUCCAAAAUGGGUAUCAUUAACAUUUGGUGCGUUCAUUUGUAUCAAGUGUUCUGGGGCUCAUAGAAGCCUCGGGGUGCACAUUUCCAAGGUGGUCUCAGUGAAGCUAGAUGAAUGGACAGAUGACCAAGUUGAUUUUUUGAUAGACUCGGGUGGAAAUGGUGCAGUAAACACUACAUAUGAGGCAUUUCUUGGAAAUUACACAAAGCCAAGGCAAGAUUGCUCAGCGGAUGACCGAAAUGAUUUUAUAAGGCGAAAAUAUGAGUUUCAACAAUUUUUGUCUAACCAACAACAGCUUUCCUGCGUAUCACAAAAUGGCAAACAUCAUUACCAGCAGCAGCAGAGUAGCUCAAAUCGAUAUGGUUUAGGCCAUGCUUUCAGGAACAGCUGGAGGAGAAAAGAAGAUCACAAACCAGUAAAGAAAGCUGUGGAGGUGGGUAUGGUAGAGUUCGUUGGAUUAAUUAAGGUCAAUAUCUUGAGAGGCACAAAUCUAGCUGUCCGUGAUGUCAUGUCAAGCGACCCUUAUGUUAUUCUUAACCUAGGACACCAGUCGAUGAAAACGAAGGUGAUAAAGAGCAGCCUGAAUCCUGUAUGGAAUGAAAGACUGCUGCUAUCGAUACCUGAUCCCAUUCCGCCGCUUAAAUUGCAAGUCUAUGACAAGGACACGUUUACCACGGACGACCGAAUGGGUGAGGCUGAGAUCAACAUCCAGCCACUGGUUGCUGCAGCCAGAGCCUAUGAGACCAAGGCUGUCACAGACACCACUGAGCUCAACAAAUUGCUGGCAAAAGAUGGCAUCUGGAUCCCGAGAGACAGUCCCAUCUCCGUCAUCGACAACAAGGUUAAGCAGGAGGUGACCGUGAGGCUUCAGAACGUCGAGCGUGGCCACCUCGAGAUGGAGCUCGAGUGCGUCCCACUCACGCAAUAGCUGUGUUCCGCUCGGAAUUCUCUCGCUCUAGUGUUCUGUUGUCAACAUGGUCACACAAAACAAUUUCUGUGCAAACACUAUGAGACUUGCUUGUGCGGUUAAUGUGAGUACCUAGAAUCUAAUCGCACAUUCAAGGCUUUCCUGUAAAACAUAUAUACUUGUGUAAAGUUAGAAGGAAUUACAUAAUGGGGCUUGCAAUCCGCU